CUCAUGCGCGCGCGCACCCGCGCGCGCGGACACACACAAGCACCACCACCACCACACAUCACAUCUGCGACGGGUUCUCCGCUGCUCACAGCCAACCAAAGGGAGGGAGAAAGAAGAGGAGCAGAGGGAAGCCAGAAGCAGAAGGCAAAAGGAAGAGCUCAGGGUUGGACAUUUUUGGAACGAGGGCAGCCUCAAGGCCCUGGGCCGUCCCAGGCGGCUGCUGUUGGCGCGCCCGCAGCAGGAGACGAGUCCAGUGCAGCGGCAGCACCACAAAUCUUCCUUCAGGGACACCAGACGACACGGAACCAAAAAGACCACUCGAACCAGGGAAAGGACACAAAUGCAUGAAGAAGAGGAUAUGUGAUUUGUUCUAAUUCAAACUCCAAAUUAGUGGAAGAGAUUUCCAAAUUGUUAUGCACCAUGGCCCAACUCUACUACAAAAAGGUAAACUACUCACCAUAUAGAGACCGGAUUCCUUUGCAAAUUGUGAGGGCUGAGACAGAACUAUCUGCAGCGGAGAAGGCCUUCCUCAAUGCAGUAGAGAAAGGAGACUAUGCCACAGUGAAGCGAGCCCUACAGGAGGCUGAAAUUUACUACAAUGUCAACAUCAACUGCAUGGAUCCUUUGGGCCGGAGUGCCCUCCUCAUUGCCAUUGAGAAUGAAAACUUGGAGAUCAUGGAACUACUGCUGAACCACAGUGUUUAUGUAGGUGAUGCAUUGCUCUAUGCCAUCCGUAAAGAAGUGGUGGGUGCUGUGGAGCUUCUGCUCAGCUACAGGCGGCCCAGUGGAGAGAGGCAGGUCCCAACUCUGAUGAUGGACACCCAGUUCUCUGAGUUCACACCAGAUAUCACACCCAUUAUGCUGGCCGCCCACACCAACAACUAUGAAAUCAUCAAGUUGCUUGUUCAAAAACGGGUCACUAUCCCAAGGCCCCACCAGAUCCGCUGUAACUGUGUGGAGUGUGUGUCCAGUUCAGAGGUAGACAGCCUGCGUCACUCUCGCUCCAGACUGAACAUCUAUAAAGCUCUGGCAAGCCCCUCACUCAUUGCUUUGUCAAGUGAAGAUCCCAUCCUAACUGCCUUCCGCUUAGGCUGGGAGCUCAAGGAGCUAAGCAAAGUGGAAAAUGAGUUCAAGACUGAGUAUGAGGAGCUCUCCCAACAGUGCAAGCUAUUUGCCAAAGACCUACUAGACCAGGCUCGGAGUUCCCGAGAACUAGAGAUCAUCCUCAAUCACAGAGAUGACCACAGUGAAGAACUUGACCCUCAAAAGUACCAUGACCUGGCGAAACUGAAGGUAGCAAUCAAAUAUCACCAGAAAGAGUUUGUAGCUCAACCUAAUUGCCAACAAUUACUUGCCACUCUGUGGUAUGAUGGCUUCCCUGGAUGGCGGCGAAAACACUGGGUAGUCAAGCUUCUGACUUGCAUGACCAUUGGGUUAUUGUUUCCCAUGCUGUCUAUAGCAUAUCUAAUCUCACCCAGGAGUAACCUUGGGUUGUUCAUCAAGAAACCCUUUAUCAAGUUCAUCUGCCACACAGCAUCAUAUUUGACCUUCCUCUUUAUGCUUCUACUGGCUUCUCAACACAUCGUCAGGACAGACCUCCAUGUGCAGGGGCCUCCUCCAACUGUUGUGGAAUGGAUGAUAUUGCCUUGGGUUCUCGGUUUCAUUUGGGGGGAGAUUAAGGAAAUGUGGGAUGGAGGAUUUACUGAAUAUAUCCAUGAUUGGUGGAACCUGAUGGAUUUUGCAAUGAACUCACUGUACCUGGCAACUAUUUCCUUGAAGAUUGUGGCCUAUGUCAAGUAUAAUGGUUCUCGUCCAAGGGAAGAAUGGGAAAUGUGGCACCCAACUCUGAUUGCAGAAGCACUCUUUGCGAUAUCCAACAUUUUAAGUUCCUUGCGUCUCAUAUCCCUGUUCACAGCCAACUCCCACUUAGGGCCUCUGCAGAUUUCUUUGGGGCGCAUGCUGCUUGAUAUCCUCAAAUUCCUCUUUAUCUACUGCCUGGUACUGCUGGCUUUUGCCAAUGGAUUGAACCAGCUUUACUUUUAUUAUGAGACCAAAGCGAUCGAUGAGCCUAACAACUGCAAAGGGAUCCGGUGUGAAAAACAGAACAAUGCCUUCUCCACGCUCUUUGAAACACUUCAGUCACUCUUCUGGUCUGUAUUUGGCCUUUUAAAUCUCUAUGUCACCAAUGUGAAAGCCAGGCACGAGUUUACAGAGUUUGUGGGAGCUACCAUGUUUGGGACAUACAAUGUCAUCUCCCUGGUAGUGCUGCUUAACAUGCUGAUCGCCAUGAUGAACAACUCCUACCAGCUUAUUGCCGAUCAUGCAGAUAUUGAGUGGAAGUUUGCAAGGACGAAGCUCUGGAUGAGUUACUUUGAUGAAGGUGGCACCUUACCACCUCCUUUCAACAUUAUCCCUAGCCCCAAGUCAUUUAUAUACCUUGGUAACUGGUUCAACAAUACAUUCUGCCCCAAGAGAGACCCUGAUGGUAGACGAAGAAGACACAACCUGAGAAGCUUCACAGAACGCCAUGCUGACAGCUUGAUACAGAAUCAACAUUACCAGGAAGUUAUAAGGAAUUUAGUCAAAAGAUAUGUGGCUGCUAUGAUAAGAAAUUCCAAAACAAAUGAAGGACUAACAGAAGAAAAUUUUAAGGAAUUAAAACAGGACAUCUCCAGCUUUCGAUAUGAAGUGCUUGACCUCCUAGGAAAUAGAAAACACCCAAGGAGAAGUUUUUCCACUAGCAGCGCUGAACUCUCUCAGAGGGAUGACACCAAUGACGGCAGCGGUGGGGCUCGGGCUAAAUCCAAGAGUGUCUCUUUCAAUCUAGGCUGCAAGAAAAAGGCCUACCAUGGACCACCUCUCAUCAGAACCAUGCCAAGAACCAGUAGCACCCAAGGGAAAUCGAAAGCUGAGUCAUCAAGCAAACGCUCCUUUAUGGGGCCUUCUCUCAAGAAACUAGGUUUCUUAUUCAACAGGUUUAAUAACGGUCAUCAAUCUGAACCUAGUUCAGAGCCAAUGUACACAAUUUCCGAUGGAAUCGUUCAGCAGCACUACAUGUGGCAGGACAUCAAAUAUUCUCAGAUGGAGAAAGGGAAAGCAGAGGCAUGUUCUCAAAGUGAAAUUAACCUCAGUGCUGCAGAAUUAGGUGAAGCUCGGGGCCCUGCUCAGAGCAGUGAAUGCCCUCUAGCCUGUUCCAGCUCUCUUCAAUGCAUAUCCAGCAUUUGUUCCUCAAAUUCUAAACUUUUAGACUCCUCAGAGGAUGUAUUUGAAACUUGGGGAGAGGCGUGUGACCUGCUCAUGCACAAAUGGGGUGACGGACAAGAAGAACAAGUUACAACUCGGCUUUAAGUCAAACCCCUAUCACCUGUUCUGGAACUCUGCAGAAUAUUUGUAAUUUCUUUGCUCUCAGAGGUGACACAGAAUACGAUUGCCUCACUGCACCUGCCUCCCCCUCCUGCCUCUUAGAAAGGAGAACAAAACUCCUAUUAUUUUCACUGUCUUUUAUAGCCACAUUUUCCAUUUUUCCUUUUUUUAUUAUUGCUUUUUAUUAUUAUUUGCCUUUUUAUACCUAUAGACACUAAGUUCAUUUCACAACCAAUUGAAGGGGUAUUUCCCCCUUAUCAGGAGAGGUGCAGUCAGGUGCUUAACCCUUUGGCUUUGCUUUUCUUACCCUUGCUUCCUUGAAGCUCCAGGUGCCACUUUGCUACUGUUGCUGCCGCACAGAUUCCUGACCUUCCUCAGGAUCUCAUACCAUUUCCCCACAGGGAUGAGGGAUAUAUUCAGCAGUCCCCACCAGCUAUCAGAUAAGGCAAACUAACCUGCCUAUUUCUACCCUUCAGUGCUACACGCUGCCCAUCUGGUUCAGUGAACAGCAUCAAAGACUGAAUAGACUCCAAAGAAUUGUCAGCUUCUGGUUUCUAGGUAUAACUGGCCUUUUGUUGUUUUUAACAGUACUUCUCCUUAUUGUGAGGGCUGUCAGGUUGUUUCUUAAAGUUGUGUUAGUUUCCUAAUGUGUGACAAUGAAUAUUUACCCCAUAGUAUAUGUCAUAACUAAUAAGUUAGUGAAUUUCUUUCCUGUGUUUGUGUAUUUCAGUUAACUUGCUAAAUUUUAAACUUUGAUAGUACUGAGAUUAGUAUUUAGGAUGUGUACUGUUUUUAAAAGAACUUCUAUUGCACUCUAACAAAUAGUCACUACAUCUCAUACACUUGCAAGUAAAAGUAAUUAGCUGGUAUAUUUAUUGGGUCCUAUCUACUGUUGAUAGUUUUAAUCAUCAUGGCUAUCAAAACAUUUCUAAGAUUAAACCCUGGAUUUGAAAAUAUUUUUAUCAAAAAAUGAUAUCUUGUUGAGAUAUCAAAAUAUAAAAAGAGCAUCUUCAUUUUAAAUAACUGGUUUAUGAUGAAAAACAACAAAAACAUUAGGUCUAGAUAACCUGAUUCAUGUUGCAGUUUUAAUAUUCAUUGGGGGCAGUGAAGUUGCAUGUGCAAAUUUAUUUUAGGUAUAUAACACUAGUGAAUUUGUGUAUUUAUAAACAUUAUCCAAAUUCUACUCUUUUCAAAGACAGUUGCAUUUAUACAUCCAAACAAAUUCUUUUCCAUGGCUUUGAGUAACUCAUCAAAAUAUACAGCUGUAGGUUAAAAAAAACAUUAAGUCCACAAUGCAUAUGGUAAUCAUGUUAGACCAGUAACCAGUCAUAUCCUGCCAAAUAAGGGUAGUCUUUAUCAUCAGUGAUCAAAAGGUACCCCCAAUUUAUACUCUAACAUGUUACCUGAAAUGGCCCUAAAAGGUUAAAUUAACAGCCUACCAAAGAAAGUUAGGUAUUCCUUGGUUCUUGUAAAUGUAUACAGCAAUAGAAAUCAUUUCAAAUUCAUGUGUAUAACUUCUGGUGUAAAAUGAGGGGCUGGAGUGAUAGUACAACAGAUAAAGUACUUGCUUUGCAUGUGGCCAACAUGGGUUGAUCCUCAGCAUCUUAUAUGGUCCCCUAAGGACCGCCAGGAGUGACUCCCGAGUGCAGAGCCAGAUAUAAUCCCUAAGCAUGAUUGGGUAUGGCCCCUCAAAAAAGGCAAAAUGGGAAAGUUUCAAAUGAUGAAAAUAUGGCUCAAAAAUAACUUGUGUAGUUUCUGUUAUUUGAAUUGGCUAUGGGACUGGUAAUGAUAGUCCAUAUAUCCUACAUGAAGAGAUAAAUGAUAAUGGUGGUAGGAACUGGAGCUAUUGUUGAAGAAUAAAUUUCAGAUCCAGUGAAAAGUGAUCUGGAGAACAAAGCUUCAUCAAGCCCCAUUUGACAAGAGAUUGUCAAAAAAUAAUUCUUUAAUUUUAUUUGAUUACUUCAAUCGAACUUCUCAAAGUGGGAAUAACGUAAAUGAUGCUACCAUCACUAGCAAGUUACUUUCCAAAAGGAAAGUUUCUUAUUAUAGAUUCAACUUUCCUAACUGUCAGAUAGACUUAGAAUGUAAUAUAAGCAGGUUCUAAUAAAUAAUACCUGGGCUGCAUUUCUAACUCACACUGCUGACACCAAAAAACCAACAAAACAAAACAACACAUGGCUCUAUUUCUGCAAAAGAAAAAUGACAUUUUUUCUCAAAAAAAAUGGAUAUGACCAAGACAUAAUUGUUUUUAUAGUUAUUGUACCAAUCUAUUAGAGAACAAAGGGAGAAAAACAAAGAGUAAUUAGACAUAGAGGUCAAGCUGUUACAAAAAGAAACCAGUAUUGUAUUUCGUGGGCAGAACAUUCCUUUUGGGAUCUUCUCAAGGUUAUUUAACUGUGAUUUGGGUUUAAGACUUAAGUUAGCUAUGCUGGGGAUUGAAACAGUUGUUAAAGUUAAACCUCUAUAGCCUUGAUUUCCAUGUUGGUGACACCAUAUUUACUGACUAGUGAAAAGUAGGAAGAAAAAAAUAUAUAUUCUCUUCUCUACUGCCUGAUCAGCUACUAUCAAGAAAAGCAUUUCAAACCAAAAGCUUAAAUGUUCUGAUCCCAGAGAAGGCAUAAGUAAUCUUAAGUUUAUAAACAUGAAAUGUUAAUAUAAGAGAACCUUUGAAAGGUUCUACCUUAUUCCAACCUUCUAUUUCACAAACAGAAAAAGAGGUCCACAGAAAGAUAACGACUCAAGAUAACAGAGACAAGUCACUUUUUCCAAACAUUUUAGAUCGCAGAAAAAGGACAAUUAUUAAGCCUCCACAUACAUAGGUGUGAAAAUGGAAUCAACACUGAAGUACCUUUGUAUUUGCCUAUAAUGUCAUGAACUCUAUAACUUUUGGGUAGACAUACUUAAAUGUCAAGUAAAAAUUGUCCUCCAAAGUCAAAUGUGAUUAAAAAUAGAAUCAUUAACCAUGUGUCUAAAUAUCUAUACCAUAGAUCACAUCCAUAGUAUUUCGUUACACUUUGACACCUGUGUUCACUGACUUACAUCAUCCUCUCGAGCAAAUUAUUAGAAAUGAAAGAUGUGAAUUAUAUUAGUAAAUAAGCAUUGUUGAAGUUUCUCUUUCAUUUCAGUUUUAAGUCUGGUGAAGUACAGAGCGUAAAUAUUACAAAUUCAUCAUUAUGGGAAGAUGCCAAAUUUUAUAGAAAUAUAAAUGUUCCAAGUUAUACUUCACUGACAUGGAAAUGUUGGAGCAUUCCAAGUUAUUUCUGCUUCCCAGACAUUUUUCAUUACACUAUGACUAAAUAUAGGCUACUUCAGCCAAGUACAAAACAUCAAAAUAUCUGCCUUCAAUUUGAUUAAAAGUUUUGAAAUAACACCACUAGGGUCUCUACCUUUAGAAUGAGUUAAAUAAUACUUUUUCAAUAAUAACUUUAUACUAGUUAUAGCUGUGCAAACCUCCCUUGCACAUUUUAUCAGGAAUUUCAAUGAAAAUAAGUAUCUUACUUAUCCAGAAAAUGAAACAUUUGAUAUUUAUAUUGCCUUGUGGGUGACUCAAGUGGUGCUUUGACUAACACUUCAUGUGGCCCAGAUCUUGGUUUGUUAAAGCAUCAGGUGAAAAGUACUUGAAGUUAGGCAUUCUUUGCUUUUUAAAAGUACUUAGGAAAAAGUGAGCAUAUGAUGCUAUCAAGUUUUUAAAAAUGUGCUAAUGAACGUUGCUUAUAUAGACAAUAUAAGUUAAUUUAACUCUUCAGAUUAUUUUAAUAACCUCUCCAUACCUGUUAGCUCCCUCCAACCCAAGGCCUGCAGCUUUGCCUUAAAUCUAUGGGUAUUGUACAGAGAAAUAUCAUGUCUACUGUAUUUCCAAAAUAAUCUUUCCCAUCAUUUAUUUAACAGAUGUGGAUUUACAUUUGCACUGCUUUUAGGAUAUUCAUAAAAGUGGGAAAGUUGUCUGUGUGUACACAUAUACACAUAAUAAAAUUUAAUAGCAGUUGAUGGCUCUAGUUUCAGAUUCUUCUUCCUAUAACAGCUUUUAGUAAUUACAGGAUCAUUUUUGAAGGAAGAGGAAGCAGGAAUAAUUUUUUAGCGAAAAGAAGCAUCUAGAUAUGUGGUAAGGAAUAGAGAAAAAUGAACUACCCUGACAUCUGCUAUAUAGCUCAACCAUUAGUAUUAGUUUUUUGAGGAUUUGGGUUUUUAGUUUGGAGAAAAAGUAUUUAAAUAAAAAGCUUACCAUACAGAUAAAAAUAAAUUUUGGCAAAUUAAGUAUGCACAUUUAAGUUUUACUGCAUACUUGAGACAUUACUCUUCGUGUGCUGAGAGCUUUACUUUUAUAAAAUAGAAUGUUUGUUAAUGAGUUAAUUGUUGGAUCAAUACAGGCAUCAGACCAGAGUAUGCUAGAAUUUUCAAGCUCUAUUUUUAUUCUUACAAUAGAAUGGCUUUGCAGCUUCUACUCAUAAAUUUAUUGGGCCUGAACUGUGUUUUUUUAAAGACACACUAUUUUUGUUUAUGGUACUUGAGUCUUGUAUAUAUUAAAGAUUAUGUAUAAGUAUAAAUCUAAGUUGAAUGGUCCUAUGCUAGGAUUUCUCUUUACCUGAUGUGGAAAGUUAUUUGAAGUUUCAGUAUUGUUGUUUACUACAAAUAGCAAACAAUUUCUGUAUUAACCAAAGGCCUACAACUUCUGACCACUGAAAUCAAUCUUCCUAAAUUCAUACUGUAGUAAACAAUUGCCCAUCCACUUUUCCCACCCUAAAAUGCUUUCAUACGUCCAAACUACCUGACAGAACACACACACACAAUGACUUAUUUCAGCAGAAGGUGGCGAACCAUAUUUAAAUACAAAUAUUGGGCUUGAUCAUUUUAAAGCAUUUGCCACAGUCUAAUCUAUCCCCUAUUCAUCAUUAUCAAUUUCUAUCAAACCUAGAAAUCUUGACAAUUCUCUCAUCUUACUCAAGCCUAGUGAGAUGUGUUUGAGGUAACUUAGAUAUUGGUAAAAAAGAGAUGGAUGCAAAAGGUUUCAAAGUAAGUAAAUACAUGAGUAAAUACUUCAAAACAUAAGGCUAAAACCACCAAAUUAUCAAAAUUUUAGAUGACAUAAUCUGGAGUUUCCAUGAUUUAAAAAUACUUAAUUAAAACAUCAAUACCAACAUUUUCUCCUUCAACUAAAUCCAAAAGUUUAGCAGUAUUGGGAAAGUAGCUGUGAAUAGCCUGAAAUCAUUUCUAAAGGCUGGGUCAUGUGGAGGUUGAAAUUUCUAUACCAAGUUCUUAACCUUGCAAUCACUGUAUUUGAGUUUAACAUAUCAAACUCAUAGUAACACUAUCAUUAACUUUUAUAAGUAGUCAGUUAGCCAAUUGUUAAAGAACUGAUUUGCCCUUAUUUUUUUUCUUUUUGUGUCACACCUGGCAAUGCACAGGGGUUACUCCUGGCGGUGCUCAGGGGACCAUAUGGGGUGCUGGGAAUCGAAUCCGGGUUGGCUGCGUACAAGGGAAAUGCCCUACCCGCUGUGCAGUCCAGCCCCCAUGCCCUUAUUUUUAUAUAAGAAAUAAAAUGUUAAGACUACACAAAAGGUAAAAUUGGGAGUAUGAAAAACUUGAUGUAUUUGGAUUCAUAUUUUAAGUUAUAAAUUUUGAAUAAACUUAUGAGAUUACAAAAUGACCGUGGCAUUUUUUAUAAACGUGUCAAGAAAUUAUGGACCCAAAUAAACACCGCCCUUCAAUGUAUUAUUCUUAACAGGCAGCAAUCGCAUUAUAUACUAUCAUUAUACAAAACACUGUGGACAUCUGCUUCUCGGGAAGACUUUGAAAAAUGCACAAUUACAAUCUCUAAUUCUCAAUGUCAAAGAAUCAUGAACUUAUCAGAUGAACUUUUAGAAAGUCAAAUGUAAAGUUAGAUCAAUAUUUAAUUAAAAAGUUGGAUAAUUGGGCCAGGAACAGUAGGCAGCAGAUAAUGUACUUGCCUUGCAUGCAGUUGACCAAGGUUCCAUCCCAGACACCACAUAUGGUCCCUGGAGCUCUGCCAGGAAUGAUCCCUGAGCACAGAGCCAGGAGUAAUCCUUGAGCACCACCGGGUGUGGCCCCACAUCCCCUUCAAGAGUUGUAUGAUCAACCUAAGUUCUACUUUACCAAGCAAAAAUAACCAAUUUAAGUGAUAUUGCAAAAUUUAUGUACCUUAAUUAAGAUGAAGUAAUAUGUAAUUUGUAGUGACUGCCAUUUGGAAUCCCAUUUUUAAAAUUGACCAGCUUUACUGAGGAAUAUUUUCUGUACAGGUACCUACAUCCAUUGAAAUUGUAUUAAACAUUAACUGAUUUGAGAACAAUCAUGACUUACCACUUGAAACAUUUGUAUUUGAAUUAGUAAAUCAUACUCUGAGUCCUAACAGACUGAGUUUAAAUAAAUUCAAAAUUGGCUUUCCAAGUCUUAAAGGACCCAGAAGAAAUGACACUCACUAAUGCACAAUCUGUGAAAGCUAACUUGUUAGCAUGAAGAAGAGGCAAUAAAGGAAAAGUCCUAGACUUGAGAGUAAAAAUAAAAGGCUUUCAGACCGAGAAGGAGCUCUGGAAGCAGAAGUUGUUGGUUCUAGGGGGGGAAUAGCAGUAGCUAGCUGAGUUUUCAUGUCAUUUUUAAAAUCCAUGUUCUGAUUAAGUAUCUUCUAUAUGACAUUUACUCAUAUUUAAGUUAGCUUAAUUUAUUGUAAAAUCAAUUUAUGGAACUUCCUUUUAUGACUUAUCAAGCAACCAGUUUAAAUGACCAAAGCAAUGCAGUGCUUGAAUCUGAGGGAUAGUUGUACUGUAUUUAAUAUACUUGGGCAUAAGCAGCAGUUAGAAUCCUCAAGUGUCUAAUAGGAUCAUGGGAGCCAAUGACACAAAAACGAAUCUGGUUUGAGUUCAUUAGGGAAACUCAUAAAAUACUAACCCCAAAGGUUAACACAUCAGCCUGUGGUUUUCUUAAUACUCAAGAAAAUAUUAUUUGAAAUUCCAUGCCAGAUUUUGUAUCAAAAUUUCUCAAAAGUGGGAUUAAAAAUCAAGGAUGAACUUUCUCCCUAUUCAAAAUAGUGAAUCUAAUUUGGAUCUAGCAUUAAACAGUUGAUAAAGAAAGCUAGAAAACACCAGCAGUGUUUAAUUCACAACAUUAGUCCCAUUACUAGCCCUAAUUACACACCACUAUACAGAAAAUGUUUGCAUCAAACUUAAGGUAAAAAUUUUAUAUAGGGAAAAUUACAAAUGUGUUUGUGUAAAUGGCAUUUUGACUUUGCAGACUAUUUUAAAAGUUCAAACUUCAUUGGAAAACUACUACUUUCAAAUUAUUUCUGUAAUUUCAAAAUCAGUGUCAAUCUUAAAUGUGUUGAAAAGAAUCUUGUAACAUAAAAUGAUUUUGUGUAUUUUUAGCUUCAGUAUAAGCAAAAAUAAAGCCUUCACUUUUCCCCCCUGAAAUGUAUAGCUGCUCAGAUUUAAGGUGUUUCCUUCCUUUUUUUUCAGUGAAAUCCUGUAAAGCCUCAUAGUUAGUAAAUAUGAUCAUCGAAGAAUUUUAUACUAUAAAUUUAACCAGCAGAGACACUUAAGGAAAUGUCCACAGUCUAAUUUGUUUUGAUGUGACUGAGAACAGGAACAUAUUCUUUUAGGUUUCCCCAAAGUGACAAAGCUGUGACUAUUAUUUAAAAAUUGAGUAUCAGUUAAGAAAUUUGACAUGACAUUAACUGACUGAUUGAUCUAUAAAGUUAUUCCUUGUGACACUGAGACAACCUUUUAGACCUUAUUCUGAAAAUUUCUUAUUCUUAUAAUGAGUCCCCAAAUUGUGUUACAUAUUGGACAGACGUUUGAAUGGGGAGUUCAGUUAGAAGAAACAUGUCAUGAAUUGAGGCCAGUCAUUACUCAAAUAGUAUAAUCUGAGUUUAUUUAGGCCUUAUUCUCUCAAGUAUGUUGAUGUUUUAAGAGUCUUUCUAUAGUAAUAGAAUUUUCAGCUAUUAGUUUUUCCCUAUUUCAGACUCCUGGAGGUUUAUUUUCUUUUAUAUUAGUAGUUAACAUUAAUAUUUGCAUACCGGAGCACUGGUUAGCAUAUCCAAAGAGCUUAACUUUAGGUCAAACUUACUUGCAAUCCCUGGUAAAAGUAUUUUCAGUAUGAUCUGGUAUACAAUAUUUACAGUUAGCACAGUAAGAGCAUUGUAAAAGCUGUUUUAGAAACAGUUCUGGGGGCUGGAGCAAUAGCUCAGUGGGUAGGGCGUUUGCCUUGCACACGCUGACCCGGGUUCGAUUCCCAGCAUCCCAUAUGGUCCCCUGAGCUCCGCCACGGGUAAUUCCUGAGUGCAGAACCAGGAGUAACCCUUGUGCAUCGCCAGGUGUGACCCAAAAAGCAAAAAAAAAAAAAACAGUUCUGCAAACAGCUUAUGCAAAGAACUCCUACAACUCAGUGAAAAAAAAAUCACAAGUGAUCUGAACAUACUUCAAAAAGGAAUAUACAUAACUGGCAUUAGAAAAAGGACUGAACACAAUCUGGGAAAUGCAAAUUAAAAUCACAAUGAAAUCUCACUUACUACACAAACACCAAAAAUAACAACUGAUGCCACCAAAUGUUGACAGGGAUGAAAAAUGGAAUUCUCAUAUGUUUCUUAGGAGUAUAAGAUGGUAUAUAAUCAUUUUGGGAAAAUGUCCUGUAGUUCCUUACAAAACUAAACAUAUAUAAAGGACAUUUCAGUUAACAUAAAUACAUCCCUCGAGAGAAAACAUCUUGUCGGUAUAACACUGAAUGCACAACACCAAUAAUACUCAAGAAAAUAUUAGAAAUACUUCUAGAAAAAUGUUACACUUCUACAAAAAUGUUCAAGAGAAUAUUUGUUAGUGAUAUAAAGAAAUCGUAAAAAUAAACUGGCACAAAAUAUGGAUUAAUCCCAAAGUACACCAUGUUGAAAGAAGCCGACAAAAAGAAUCACAUACAGGUAUCUGUCAUUUUUUGAAAGUUUUCCUCAUAAAAGAUUUGGGGCUUGUUUUUUUUUUCUUUUUUACAAACUUCCUACAUUAGUAUAUCUUGUCAAGUGGAAAAAAAUACAAAGAGGUUCUUUGCUUUUAUGACAAAUGGCAAAAAAGUAAAUUUAAGUCUUCAGCAUAUUUUAGGAAUAAGUUGUAAAAACAGUAUCCCGAGCAGUGUGGGGCACCUCUAAACUUAAAGAGGAACUAUUUUAUAACGCAGGCAAUGGACUUUUCACCUCAUUCCUAUUUCUUGUUAGUGUUAGCUUGGAUUUUGUUAUUUGGCAUGAUUUAGUAGGCUAUUUUUCGAUCUGAGAAUGCUCAAAACCUUUUCUACAAAUAUUAAAGGCAACUGCCUCUUUGUUUUUACACCAUUUAGGCUUACAAAAGGUUUCAGAGAAAUGCUGUACUUUCAGAUAAUGGAGGGAACUGGUACUUUUAUUUAUAGUUUCAGAAACAAACUAAUGGAAGAAAAUUAGAACAGAGGUUGCCUAAGGAUAGGGACUGGAAGCAGGAACUAACUGCAAAGAAUCAUGAUGCAAUUGUCUGGACUAAUGAUAAUGAAAUCUCAAUGAUGGCUUCAGAUUCACAGAAUUUAAAAUUCAUCACAAACACAUACCUGUGUUUCACUGCAUGCAAACAUUACCUCAAAAAAAAAUCUUGUAACAUAUACUGAUCUCUAACAUGCAUGCUGAAGGCUAAAGGCAGUCUACUGGAAUCCUGCAAUUUUUGUUGUAAUGCACUGGCAGUAAGGAUUUAGAGAUGGAUAAGUGGAAAAGUAUAGUAAAAUGUUAACUGUAGAAGUCUAGAUGAUUGAUAAACAUUUAUCAUGUAAUUAUUUCAAGUUUUCUGUUCUUAAAAUGUUUUUGGUAACAAAAUGUUGGGAAAGACCAGUGACUAAAAAAAAGAACUAGGUUAAAAGCCAAAUCUAUACUAUGAUUCAAACAACAAGGAUAACUUUUUGGAUAAUAGAGCUACAGAAAUGAAAGAAAAUGAAAGUUCAACUGUUGAAGCAAGAAAAUUUAAUAAAAAUUGUGUUUUUAAGGCUA